AUCCGCUUCAUCCUGAUCCAGAAUCGGGCUGGGAAGACCCGCCUGGCCAAGUGGUACAUGCAGUUCGACGACGACGAGAAACAAAAGCUGAUCGAGGAGGUCCACGCUGUUGUCACUGUCCGUGAUGCCAAACACACCAAUUUUGUGGAGUUCCGCAACUUCAAGAUCAUCUACCGGCGCUACGCGGGGCUUUACUUCUGCAUCUGUGUGGAUGUCACCGACAACAACCUGGCUUACCUCGAAGCCAUCCACAACUUUGUGGAGGUCCUCAAUGAGUAUUUCCACAAUGUCUGUGAGCUUGACUUGGUCUUCAACUUCUACAAGGUCUACACAGUGGUGGACGAGAUGUUCUUGGCUGGGGAGAUCCGGGAGACGAGCCAGACCAAGGUGCUCAAGCAGCUCCUGAUGCUGCAGUCACUGGAGUGA